AUCUGGUAAUGCCGUUCGGAAUCACCAACGCACCGGCAACGUUCCAAGCAGAAAUGAAUCAUAUCCUAUGCCCACUCUUGGACGAAUGCGUGGUGGUGUACCUGGAUGACAUCCUUGUCUACUCGCACGACAUGCAACAACAUGUCGAGCACCUACGACGCGUCUUCGAAAUUCUUCGACAAGAACGGUUCUACGUCAAACUAUCCAAGAGAGACUUCGCCCUCGAGAAAGUCCAAUUCCUCGGACAUAUCAUAAGCGCUCAAGGAUUUCACGUCGACCCCAAGAAAAUCGAAGCCGUAUGUAUGUGGAGGACACCCGAGAAUGUGAAGGAGUUACAGCAGUUCCUUGGCUUCGCUAACUACUACAACAAGUUCGUGCCGAAAUACGCGAAGAUCACCGCGCCACUCACGAAUCUGCUGAAGAAGAACACGCCCUAUAAAUGGGGGCCACAACACCAGGAAGCCGUGGAGCAGCUAAAGCAAGCACUCACGUCCGCACCAGUACUCAUCUUGCUAGACCCCGAACGCGACUACGUCAUCGAAGCUGACGCCAGCGACCAGGCAAUGGGAGCAGUCUUUAUGCAAGACCAGUGGAAUGGACUGCAACCAAUCGCUUACCUCAGCAAGAAACUUCACGGAGCAGAACUCAACUACCCAAUACACGACAAGGAGGCCCUGGCUAUCAUCGUUGCCUUCAAAACGUGGAGAUGAUAUCUAGAAGGAUGCAAGACAACAG